AUAGACGCACCUACAUCUGCGCUGGUUCAGAUUCGCCAGUCAUACAUGCGACAUGCGCCUCUAUGUGAUGGAGAAAAGUUCCUUCACAUUCAGUUUUAUGAACGUAAAAAAGAUUACGAGGUCGCUUUAAGGUGGAAGAAGUUACUGGGGGCCAAGGUGAAGAGCCUUCAUCAAGUUCUGCGUAAUGACUGGCUUCGCGACUGUCUUGAAAAAUUAGAGCCGUUUCGCUCCCUAUGGAUGGGUUUUCAGCUUGGAUGUUUUCCGUUGAUUCUGAGCUGGCGGUGCAGACAGGUACAGGAAAUUGAAUACUAUCUGAACCAGAUGUAUGAGAUCUGGCAUACAAUUACAGAUGGAAACACCCACCUCUGUGAUGAAUACACUGCCCAGAAGCUUGGGGGCCUUGCGCCUCUAUGGAGUUCUCGCGAUCGUUCAACGAUCGAGACCUUGUUCGCUACAUGUCAGGUCUUCUAUCGCGCACGCGAUUCUGCUGUACGCGCUCAGAUACUUCAAAGAGUCCUUACUGUCGAAGGGCUCAUCUUAAACUUCCAGACGUUUUUUAAACACGUCAAGGUAUUAGGACCGAUUAUGCUUCCUCUAAGAGAGUUGUUCCCAGCGGGUGAGCUAUUCCCUCGAAGGGACGAAUUCAGCCCAGUAUCUAGACGUCUUCCCUCAGUAAGAGACAUUCUACUUCAGCAUUGCUACGAGCAGCGUGAGGAAAAUAAGCAACAAUGUUUAUUGCAAUACAGUGAACACGAUGAGCGCUUCUUUGAAUGUAGCGAUCCCGGAAAAUAUGCGUACUGGCAACUCUGUCUUUAUCUUUUUCGCCACACGAGAAGCCAAUGGAAUUCUUACAACGAAGGAAAAAGCCAAAGGGAGCAACUAGAGCGUCCAGAAUGGAUCAUUCGGCUUGGCCACUUUGCACGCAGACUUGGUUUUGCGUCUGCCGAAAUCUCUUCUCUAUGCAAUCAAGAUCCAGAUCUUUCACAGAUUCGCAUUCACAUGCUUCAAGAACGACCAAAUCAUCUGUUUUCUGCGUCUGCAGAUAAGUUCGAGACAGAAGCUCAUUCCCGUCAGACUGGCCAAGCGAUCUUUGAGCCUCGCCUGCCUGCUCUGACUCCAUUGAUGACGACCGAUAGUGCGACUACUAUAAGGAUACCUAAGAGCCACCCCGAGCUAUUUCUUCCCACAAUAUGGACCGCCAUUACUCAAGAGCCGAGGUACGCGUUGACAGAAUACGGAAUGCUUGUGUUGGUUUCCAUGUCGUUCUUUGAGAGAUUUGGAUCAACAUCUAUCAGCAGUAUCUGCGAAGGCUUUCAACCGAACCAACCGGCCCAGCCGGCCCAGCCGGCCCAACCAUCAUUGCGUUCUUCCUCUGUCUACUCGGUGCCCGUAUAUCCGGAUUAUCUGGCUAGGCCCCAUGGUGGCCGCAUCACAUUCUGGCAUCUGCCCCAGAGUCGAAAUAUGCUUCCCCAGGCGAAUCAUGUAUGCGAUGUAACUGAAUAUAAUAUUGAGAAAGUAGUAAACACUAUUCAAGCGCAGGGCGACGCGCCUUUGUUCGCUUUACUCGAUAGGGGUGGGCUACUUAAGCUCUGUAAUCCCUCUCAGAUCUUGCAUCGCCGUAAAAGAUCCAAGCAACCUAAUGACAUAUACUAUGUGUAUGGCAAGAAGAAUAGCAAGACUUGGAUUUCGAAGCAGCUCAAUAGCAAAUAA